UCCAAAUUUUAUUACCCACGGCAGAGGAUCGACACACGAGUUCUCAGUCCCAGUGUGCCCUAGGGCUUCUCUCUCUCUCCCUUGCCCAUUGUCGUCACAACAGCUCAGAGCAAUUGCAGAGGUUAUCUACGCACCUCAAUCCGUUUGCCAAUUCCAUUUGGAUAGUAGGUCUAGCUGAGGAAAGAGGAUAAGAGAAAAAUGCCUCUGUAUGACUGUAUGCUUUUACUGAAACCCCAUGUAAAGAAGGAAGCUUUGAUGGACUUGGUUGCUCGGGUAGGGAAACAUGUUUACAGAAGAAAUGGUGUUCUCACUGAUAUGAAAUCAUUUGGAACUGUUCAAUUGGGUUAUGGUAUCAAGAAGCUGGAUGGGAGAUACUAUCAGGGCCAAUUGAUGCAAAUGACAAUGAUGACACCACCAAGCUUCAAUAAUGAGCUGCAUUACCUGAACAGGGAAGACCGGUUGCUUCGUUGGCUUUUGGUUAAACACCGAGACAUCAAAUAUGGGUUGGAAUUUCUGAGUGAAGAUGAUGGAAAAGGUGAUCUAAGCAAGUUCCGUAGCAGCUUAUACGGAGAUGAUGAUAUUGAUGACGAUGAGGAUGACGACGACGAUGAGGAUGAAGAAUACGAAGCGGACCAAGAGGAGAUGAAACUAGAAUGAAUGUGAUGAAUGCUUACCAUCUCAGUUAAUUUUGGUGUUUAUUCUGCUUGCUUGUAUGUUGCAGUUAAGAGUAGAUGAUGAUGAUCUUGCCUAAUGUUAAAAAGUACUUAAUUGUAAGGUUUUUGGCAACAGUUUUAUGCUUGAAAGUUGUCAACGGUUAGGAUCAUUCUACACUGAUUGUGCUUCGUGGAUGUUUGGCAUCAUCUCUUGCCUAUGCUCAAAUGUACCUGUUUUUUGGUCUUUGUUGUUUGAGUAGUGGCAUAAGCUGUUCGGUUUUGGUCA